GAUAUUAAUCGAUUUUGUAGAGCUCCACGCCAUGUCAUAUAUUUAAACCAAUUAUGUAGUGCCAUUUGUACAACUCCACGUAAACCUCUGUAGUUACCAAAUGGGCCGGUUCGUGGCCCAAAGUAGGCCCAUAUUGAUGGGUUUUGUAAUCAACGGUCGCUAAUGUUUUCAGUCUAUCGGUGCCGAGAUGGAUCACCGGGAAAACAAUGACCGGCGACUUCUUAUGUGGUUCUUCGCCGUAGCCACCGCCGUGAAACUUCUUCUCAUUCCGUCCUACAGAAGCACCGAUUUUGAGGUUCACCGUAACUGGCUCGCUAUCACAAACUCUCUUCCUCUUACCAAAUGGUACUUCGACGAGACUAGCCAAUGGACACUCGAUUACCCUCCAUUCUUCGCCUACUUCGAACGCCUCCUCUCAAUUUUCGCGCGUCUCGUUGAUCCCAGAAUCGUAGAUCUUCAAUCAGGACUCGAUUACAGCUCCGAAUCUGUCAUUUACUUCCAACGAAUCAGCGUAAUCGUCUCGGAUCUAUGUCUUCUCUACGGUGUUUACCGAUUGACUCGAAAAUUGGAACCGAUGAAGCGAAAUCUGAUCUGCGCAAUGGUGAUUUGGUCUCCGGGGCUAUUGAUCGUAGAUCACAUUCAUUUUCAGUAUAAUGGAUUUCUACUGGGUUGGCUAUUGCUUUCGAUUUCGUUUCUUCAAGAAGGGAGAGAUCUGUUGGGUGGGUUUCUAUUCGCUGUUCUGCUAUGCUUUAAGCAUUUGUUCGCCGUCGCUGCUCCGGUUUACUUUGUUUAUCUACUUAGGCAUUAUUGCUGGUCCGGUUUGGUUACCGGUUUCCGACGGCUUGUAACUAUUGGUGCGGUGGUUGUGGCGGUUUUUGCUGCUGCUUAUGGACCCUUUAUCUAUCAUGGACAGAUACAGCAAGUCAUCAGUCGAAUGUUUCCUUUUGGGAGAGGAUUGUGCCAUGCAUACUGGGCACCUAAUUUUUGGGUUUUCUAUAUAAUACUUGACAAAGGGCUUGCCUUUUUGCUGCGAAAGCUCGGAUUUGAAAUUCAGAUUCCUUCCGCAUCUUUCACUGGAGGAUUGGUUGGAGAUUCUUCGCCUUUUGCAGUUCUUCCUCAGAUCACGCCAUUGACAACAUUUGCAAUGGUAUUACUUGCUAUAUCUCCAUGUCUCAUCAAAGCCUGGAAAAAACCACACCCUGGGCUUGUUGCUAGAUGGAUAGCUUAUGCAUAUACAUGCGGUUUUCUGUUUGGAUGGCACGUCCAUGAGAAAGCAUCGCUUCAUUUCACCAUCCCACUUGCAAUCGUUGCAGUGCAGAGUCUAGAAGAUGCUAAACAUUACUUUCUGGUUUCUAUAGUUUCUUGCUAUUCGCUCUUUCCGCUCUUAUAUGAGCCGCAGGAAUAUCCAAUCAAGGUUCUGUUGCUGUUACUGCAUUCCACGGUAAUGUGGCUUGGCUUUGUGGCUCAGUACACAAACAAUAAUAAGGCUCAGAAGAACAAUGGUGAAAGCAAGAGCAAGUUUAGGAUUGGAUGUUUUGAGAAGAGCUAUCUAAUGGGUUUGGUUAUAGUAGAGAUAGUGUCUCAGUUCUUGCAUCCGUAUUUUCUAGCUAAUCAUACGCUUCUCGGAAGUCGAAGAGGUUGUCUUAGAAUCAAAGCGAUUUCCACUAAAUGGGAACCGACAAAGGUUGUUCCUCAGGGAGACAGAGUUCUUGUUCGUCUUGAAGAUCUUCCUAUGAAAUCCUCAGGUGGAGUAUUGUUGCCUAAAGCAGCUGUGAAGUUUGAGAGGUACUUAACAGGAGAGGUUAUCUCUGUUGGUUCUGAGGUUGGACAACAAGUUGGGCCUGGAAAGAAGGUUCUGUUCUCUGAUGUGAGCGCUUAUGAGGUCGAUUUGGGAACCGAUGCUAGGCAUUGCUUCUGUAAAGAGAGUGACUUGUUGGCCCUCGUUGAGUGAAGUCUUGUCCAAGAGAAAGAGGAAACAUUAAAUGAUUUGAAGAGUU